AUGUCAAAUAUUUCACAAUGUAAAGAUCUGAGCGAACGCGGUGAUCUAUGUGAAUCAUUGCAUAUGUAUUUAAAACCAAUUGCACGUAUUAAUAUAAGUGUACCUAUUCCUCCAACGAUGCGUGUUGCAGGUUCAACAAUAUCAACAUGGGAAAUAAUGGAUAAAAUUCGUGAAUUAAUUUUACCAGAUGAAUUUGUUUUUCUACGUUUAUUAAAAAGUGCUGGUGAAUUAUAUCGUUUUGAAGGUGAAUUAGAAUCAAAAGCAAUAGCACGUAGUUGUUUAACACGUUUGGAUAAUGCACUUAUUCGUAUGGAAACUACUGGACAUGAAUUUCGUUUACGUGCAGCUGAUGCUAAAUUACCAUAUCCAACACGAACUGAAUGGGAAACAUUUUUUCGUGAAAGUAAAGGUAUGAAUGAAACAAAGCCUGGUGAACGUGCAGAUACAAUUCAUGUUGAAGGUUUACCUAUACGAUGGUUUCAGGCAAAACAAAAUCCGAUGCAAGCUGUUCAAGCUGCUGCAGCAGCUAUUGGACCUACUGGUUUACCAUUAUCAUCAACAAAUUCUAAUAUAGAUGAUAAAGAAAAUAAACCAUCAAUUGAAAUACUUCAACAAGUAUUUGCUGUAUUUGGUGAAAUUCGUUGUUGCGAUAUUCCAAUUCUUGAUCCAUAUCGUCUAUUAAAUGGUACUAAUGUUCCUAUACAACAAGAUACAACAUUUGAUGCAUAUAUUCAAUAUAAUGAAUAUAUUGGAUUUGUUAAAGCAAUGGAUGCAUGUCGAAAUAUGAAAUUAAUGUUAAUUGAUGAUACAAAUACAGCUUAUACAGCGAGUAUUAAAGUAGAUUUUGAUCGUACAAGACAUUUAUCUGAUAGAAUGAUUAAAAAACGUCGUAUUGAACAAAUGAAAACAACCGAAAUGAAUAAAUUAAAACAAGCUGAUACUCAACGACUUAAAGAUGAAGAUGAACGUCGAAGAGAAAUUGAACGUUUAAGAAUUGAAUUACAAGAUGCUGAAGCUGAAGAUAUAGUUGGUAGUAAAGAUAUAACAAAAGAUACUCGACGUCGACAACGAGAAGAAAAACGACGAUUAAAACGUCUUGAACGUAAACGUCAACAUGAAGAAAAAACUUUAGCAAUGAAAAUUGCAAUUGAAGAACGAAAAAUGUUAAUUGCUCAUAGAAAAUUAGAAUCAAUGAGAUUACUUGAAGAAUUAUUUAAUCGUGUUAAAGUACAAAUAGCUCAAGAGGAAUUAAAUAAAAAAGAACGUGAACUUCAAGAGCAACGUUUACGUGGUAUGGAUAUUGAAACAACAAACAACAAUCCUACUAAUAAUAAUUCAACACCAUUUAUGCCAACACAAUCAACAACACCGAAAGAAUAUAAACCAUUGAAUACAUCUAAUAAUAAUAAAGAUAUGAUUGAAGCACAAUUAAAUGAAUUACGUAAAGAAUUCUAUCAAAAAGAUGAAACAAUUGAUGAUAUAUUAAGAAAACGAACAACUAUUCUUGAUCGUAAAGUAUUUUAA